AUGUUUGGGUUUAGAACAACGGGAUAUAACGGUUAUGCAUGUAAGUAUUCACCGUUUUACGAUAACAAAUUGGCUGUUGCCACUGCUGCUAAUUACGGAUUAGUGGGCAAUGGGAGGCUAUAUAUUCUAUCCAUCACUAAUGACGGAAGGAUAAUACAGGAUGCACAAUUUGACACACAAGAUGGUCUCUUUGAUGUCUCUUGGUCUGAGCUACAUGAAAACCAAGUCUUGACGUGUUCUGGAGACGGGUCGAUAAGUUUGUUUGAUAUAACUCUCCAAAAUUUCCCCAUAAGAAGAUUCGAGGAACAUCAAAGGGAAGUCUUUUCGGUCAAUUGGAAUAUGGUAGAUAAAUCAAUGUUUUGUUCGUCAUCUUGGGAUAGUACAAUCAAGGUAUGGUCGCCUCUUAGGGAACAGUCUCUAACGACAUUAUCUUCUGAGAAGGACAUGACCGUCAAAGCCGACGCUUUAAUGGACAACAAAGCACCGCUUUCGACAAAGCCAAUUAAGGAAAACACAAUGAAUGAUUGCGUAUAUCAAGCAACCUUUUCCCCUCAUGAUCCCUCCUUGAUUGUGUCUGUGAACUCUGCGUCACGUUGUCAGGUCUGGGACAUGAGGUCCUCAAGCCCUCUAGCACUAAAUUUCAUCUCACAUGCUGGAAUGGAAGCACUAUCAUGUGAUUUCAACAAAUAUAGACCAUCAGUGAUAGCCACCUCAUCUGUCGAUAAAUCUAUUAAAAUAUGGGAUAUAAGGAUGAUACCAGAUCUACAGCCCGCUUUCCUAGCGCAAAAAUCAAGGGUUGGGCCAUCUCCAAUCAAUAAACUAAUUGGUCAUGACUUUGCCGUACGAAAAGUCCAGUGGUCUCCUCAUGCAUCAGACACGUUGAUGUCAAGUAGUUAUGACAUGACAUGUAAAAUUUGGAGAGACCAAACUGACGAAAGUGCUAGAUUCAUGAGCAAUAUGCGCAUGAAACAUGGGGAAGCAUUGAUCAACAACUUUGAUAUGCACAGAGAAUUCGUGCUUGGUUGUGAUUGGUCUCUUUGGGGUAGGGGCUUUGUGGCAAGUACUGGUUGGGAUGAGAUGGUUUAUGUUUGGAAAGCAACUUAG